GCACCGUUUUCCUUCCAACUGCAUCUCUAAAAAUCCCCAGUUUCUUCUGUUUCCCGACACUUUAACUAGCCACAUUCCCACAUUCUUCCUUAGAUUCGGCUUCGUAAACCCAAGAGGUGAGCGAGGCGUUCUAGUGAGGUGUGAGUUAGAGAGAGAAGCCAUGAAGCCUAGCCGGCUCUUGCAAUGGGUUUUCUGGGCUUGCAUGGCGGUGUUCCUUGGAUGUGGGAUGGUGGAAUGCAGCGUGACUUAUGACAGAAGGGCUAUGGUUAUCAAUGGCCAGAGGAGAAUUCUCAUUUCUGGCUCCAUUCACUACCCAAGAAGCACUCCUGAGAUGUGGGAGGAUCUGAUUAACAAGGCUAAAGAGGGAGGUCUGGAUGUAAUUGAUACUUAUGUGUUCUGGAAUGUUCACGAGCCUUCUCCUGGCAAUUAUAACUUUGAAGGAAGAUAUGAUCUUGUGAGGUUUGUGAAGACUGUUAAGAAAGCAGGGCUGUAUGUUCAUCUCCGUAUGGGGCCUUAUGUUUGUGCUGAAUGGAACUUUGGGGGGUUUCCAGUGUGGCUGAAAUAUGUGCCUGGGAUUAGUUUCAGGACUGAUAAUGAGCCUUUCAAGAUGGCUAUGAAAGGGUUUACUGAGAAAAUCGUGAAUCUCAUGAAGAGUGAAAAACUGUAUGAAUCACAGGGUGGACCCAUUAUAUUGUCUCAGAUUGAAAAUGAGUAUGGGCCACAAGCAAAACUACUAGGUGCUCCUGGCCUUAAAUAUGCUAAUUGGGCUGCGAAUAUGGCUGUUGCACUUGACACCGGGGUACCUUGGGUGAUGUGCAAAGAAGAAGAUGCCCCAGAUCCCGUGAUUAACACAUGCAAUGGUUUCUAUUGCGAUGCUUUCACUCCCAACAAACCUUACAAGCCAACAAUGUGGACCGAAGCUUGGAGUGGCUGGUUUACAGAAUUUGGUGGUCCAACUCACGAGAGGCCUGUUCAAGAUUUAGCAUUUGCUGUGGCUAGAUUUGUACAGAAGGGAGGCUCAUUGUUGAACUAUUACAUGUACCAUGGAGGCACAAAUUUUGGGCGCUCUGCUGGAGGCCCUUUCAUUACUACAAGCUACGAUUAUGAUGCUCCACUAGAUGAAUAUGGCUUGAUCCGACAACCUAAAUACGGUCAUUUGAAAGAACUGCACAGAGCUAUUAAAUUAUGUGAGAAAGCUCUAGUUUCAGCAGAUCCUGCAGUGACUUCUCUAGGCAGCCUUCAACAGGCUUAUGUAUACACUUCAAAAUCGGGCGGUUGUGCAGCAUUUCUUUCUAAUUAUGAUACUAAGUCCGUGGCAAGAGUUAUGUUCAAUAACAUGCACUACAACCUUCAGCCUUGGUCCAUUAGCAUCCUACCUGACUGCAGAAACGUUGUCUUUAAUACAGCCAAGGUUGGAGUUCAAACGUCACAAAUGGAAAUGCAGCCAACUAACAAAGAAGUGUUCUCCUGGGAAACAUUCAACGAAGAUUUAACAUCUCUUGAUGACAGAUCAACAUUCACCGCUGUUGGUCUCUUGGAGCAGAUAAAUGUCACAAGAGAUGCUACCGAUUAUCUCUGGUAUACAACUAGUGUUGAUAUUGGUUCAUCUGAGUCCAGUCUGCAUGGUGGGGAGCUCCCGACUCUUAUUGUUCAGUCAACUGGUCAUGCUCUGCAUGUUUUUGUGAAUGGACAGCUCUCUGGCUCUGCUUCUGGGACGAGGCAAAACAGGAGAUUUACGUUCAAGGGAAAAGUUAACUUUCAUGCUGGAUCUAACAAGAUUAGUCUCCUGAGUGUGGCUGUUGGCUUGCCAAAUGUUGGCGGGCAUUAUGAGUCGUGGAACACUGGGAUUUUGGGUCCUGUUGCUUUGCUUGGACUUGACCAUGGAAAACUGGAUUUGUCCUGGGCAAAAUGGACCUACCAGGUCGGUCUUAAGGGAGAAGCUAUGGAUCUUGUCUCUCCAAACAGUUUCUCCUCAGUUGAGUGGAUGCAAGGUUCACUAAUAGCCCAGAAGCAGCAGCCUUUGACAUGGCAUAAGGCCUAUUUUGAAGCACCUGAUGGUGAUGAGCCAUUGGCUUUGGACAUGAGUAGCAUGGGCAAAGGCCAAGUGUGGGUGAAUGGCCAGAGUCUGGGAAGAUACUGGACAGCUUAUGCCACUGGUAAUUGCAACGGAUGUAAUUACGCAGGAAGUUUCCGGCCAACCAAGUGCCAACAAGGGUGUGGGCAACCAACUCAAAGAUGGUAUCACUUACCACGUUCUUGGCUAAAACCGACCCAGAAUGUGCUGGUGCUUUUUGAAGAACUUGGUGGAGAUCCCACGAGGAUCACUCUUGUCAAGAGGUCAGUAUCCAGCGUUUGUGCUGAUAUGACUGAGUAUCACCCGAACUUUAAGAACUGGCAAAUAGAAAGCUACGGGCGACCUGAAGCGUUCCACAAACCCAAGGUUCACCUCCGCUGUGCUCCCGGACAGUCCAUUUCUUCCAUCAAGUUUGCAAGCUUCGGAACUCCUUCUGGAACCUGUGGCAACUUCCAGCAAGGAGCUUGCCAUGCUUCGACCUCAUACGCCAUCUUAGAGAAGAAGUGCAUUGGGCAGCAGAGAUGCACUGUGACAAUAUCCAACAGUAACUUCGGGCAAGAUCCAUGUCCUAACGUGCUAAAGCGACUCUCAGUUGAAGCAAUAUGCGCCCCUUCAAACUAACCAGCAUACUCGAGCAAAGAAAGGCGAAAAGAAGUGAGAUACUAGAGGAAAUGUCACUACAAAGGUAGUUUUUUUUAUGAGUAUUUAUGAUUUGUGAGCAGCGGCUAUUUCAUCCCCGAUUCUGGCUAGCAUCGGUCGUGCAAAGCUAGGUAGAUUUGACCUUAUACAGGUGCCUAAGGAGAACCUGUAUGACAGUAUAGGAUAGUUUGUGGAUUCAUGGAUUUGGUAAGAGCAAAGCCAUGAAUGAAGCUCAAGUUGUGUUCAUUUUUCCCCUUUUACAAAAGGAAAAUAUGAAUCUCGACCGAUGCAGCUUCUCUGUUUUCAAAUGAUUAGAGUGAUUUGAGUGUGGAGGGAUAUCAUGUCUCUAGUGUGAACUUGUUCCUCAUUGUUUAAGUUAUUGAAUUUGUGUAGUAAUUGCAUACUGAUUUGAUUGACCUGAAUACACCAGUUUCAUAUGAGCUUCUGAUUA